AGGAGAGUCAGGCUUGGGGAAAUCUACACUUGUCAACAGUCUUUUCCUCACAGAUCUCUACCCCGAGAGACUUAUACCAACAGCUGCAGAAAAGAUAAAUAAAACUGUAAAGAUUGAGACAUCGUCAGUUGAGAUUGAAGAGCGUGGGGUGAAAUUGAGGUUGGCGGUCGUAGAUACCCCUGGAUUUGCUGACGCAAUUGAUAAUAAAGAUUGCUUUAAUGCCAUUCUCAGUUAUAUCGAUGAGCAGUUUGAGCGAUACCUCCAUGAUGAAAGUGGGCUUAAUCGUAGGAACAUCGUAGACAAUAGGGUGCACUGCUGCUUCUAUUUUGUAAAUCCAGCUGGCCAUGGGUUGAAACCUCUGGACAUUAAAUUCAUGAAGGCCAUCCACAAUAAAGUGAAUGUUGUCCCAGUAAUCGCCAAGGCAGAUACUCUCACCAAGCGAGAAGUUGAAAAACUCAAGAAGAAGAUAAUGGAUGAAAUUGCUGAUAAUGGAAUCCAGAUCUAUACUCUACCAGACUGUGAUUCAGAUGAAGAUGAGGAUUAUAAAGAACAAUGCAGGCAACUUAAGGGUGCCAUUCCAUUUGCUGUGGUAGGAUCUAAUGCAGUAAUUGAAGUGAAAGGUCGUAAGGUCAGAGGUCGUAUGUACCCAUGGGGUGUCGUUGAAGUUGAGAAUCCUGAACAUUGUGAUUUCAUCAAAUUAAGGACGAUGCUGAUUACCCAUAUGCAGGACUUACAGGAAGUCACCCAAGAGAUUCACUAUGAAAACUUCAGAUCUGAUAAACUUGCCAAUGGAGGAGGAGGGGGUGAGAGGACUCAACGGAAGAGCAAUGUUGACAAGGAAGAAAAACUCUCAGAGAAGGAUAGACAAUUACAAGAGAAGGAAGCUGAGUUGCGGAGAAUGCAAGACAUGAUCGCCAAGAUGCAAGCUCAGAUGGCUAAGCCCGCCCCAGCUCCCGCCCCCACGCAACCACAACAGAAUGGUGCCCCACCAGCAGGGGUGAAUAAUAACACAACCAAACAGAUCAAGACGCAUAAUUGAUGCCAUAGUAACUCGUGAACAAUGUAAACAAAUGAAGUCAGGUUCUCAUCAACAAACUUUAUAAUAAUCCGAUAGGAGUGCAUAAAUAGAAAACAAAAGUGUGGAGAAUUCGUAAAUUGAAUCAUAAAACAUUUGAUUUACAUAAUUAGCAGAAAACAAAAGAGAAUGUUGUUACAAAUGAAAAAAUAUGAUUCUGGACAUUUUCGGAAUGAAAUGAGUUCAAUCAAAAGAUAUUGAAGAAAAAUUCAAAAAAUUCGAACUAUUAAAGAUAAAAUUGAGAAUUGUUCUAAAUUUUAUUUAUGAAUCGCAGCUAAUGGCUGGUGAGGUAAGGGAGGUGCGUCUAAUUGAGGCAGACAGUAUUAUUAUAAUUCUAGUACAAUUCAUGUAUUAAUACAGAAUCAAAGUUAACAUGUUUAGUACUUAUUCCUGUGAAAGAUGGCAGUCCGAUCUGUCUCAUGACAAGGAAAAUAUUGACUAACUUACAAUUAUAUCAUGACAAGAAGAAAAACCACAAAAAUAGGGCUAUAUAUGCUUACUUAAAUAUCACAUGAACAUAUAUACUGGAUAUGCUAACAUUAUAAUAAAAUUAUUACGCUCAAACAGUAUAAAUAUUCAUUUUAUAUAAUAAUGUAAUAUCAUAUAACAAAUGUGUACUAUAAUAAACUAAUUCAUGACAUUACAUCAAGGAGAUACAAGGUCUAUAUAUACAUUAUGGAUAUAACCCAAACUCAUAAUAUUGAUGUUAAAACAACACUACAUCAAUGUCAUCUUGGUCGGAGGUUUCAGCAUUAUAAAAAUAUAAAACCUUGAACUUGUUUUAACUAACAUUGAAUAACAUUUAUAAAAAACUUAUGGAUAUAAAAGUGACACAUGGAUACAUAAAACACAUGGAUAUAUUACAUGGAUAUAUAAAACACAUGGAUAUAUAAUUAACAUUGAUCGACAUGGAUAAAGACUAUAACAGCUAUUAAUAUUUACUUUGCAUUUCAUUUGCAUUAUUUGCAAUGCGGAUAUCAUAUGGAUAUACCACAUCAAUUGGAUACAUAAAAUGGAUUAACUGUACAUUAAACAUCUGGCAUUGUGGAUAUGCCAAGUUCUUAACACCUGGAUAUUAUUAAUACACUACUGUAUUGAUAACAGAGCCCAUCAUUUGGAUAUAAACACAACAUACCUUAUUAGCUAUCACCUCUUAUCUAAUCAUCUAAUAAUGGACAUGAUACACAUAAAACAUCUUAUUGGAUAUCUUACAAGCAGUUAUCAUAUGGAUAUAUAUUAAAAUAAUAUCACAAGUAUCAUAAUUUGGAUAUAUAUGCAUACACAUAAGAGCUGCUAUCACACGGAUAUGUACAUUGUACAUAUUGUGUACAUAACCCAUAUGUAUGUUAUAUCUGAUUUUCAAGACAUUUAUGAACAAUGAAUCUAAUGUAAUUAAGCAUUUAUCAUCUGCAGUCUGAAUGUAGACUGGGUUUACUUGUACAGUAUUGAAUUUGAAUAUCAUGCCAUUUUAACAACUGGAGAUUUCCAACUUGAACAGCAUGAUCUUAUCUGUGGGUUUCAAUAUAAUGAUACCGCCUGUUAGUGUCCAUAUUUUACACUCUUGAGACCAUGGGCUGUUUAAUGAGAAAUGAUGAUCCGUGCGUGUACAAUUCUAGGCUUUCAAUAUCACUGUUUCCGUAUUUCCCUGUGUUUUCCAACAUACAUUACUUCUGUGCCAUUUUGCUAAGGAAGUAGAGAAAAGGGAAAAGACUUGUUAUAGGGGAAACAAAGACAUGUUGCAGCUUUAAGUUCAUGUUGAAGUUGAGUCUCAUUUUG